GGCGUGGGGAGGAGUCUGCAAACUUUCACUCCGAGGGCAUUGUGGGAAGCAGCCAUGGUCUAAGGCGGCCCCCUCACCUGUCAGCCGCGCGGGCUCCUGCGCUCGGCUCUGGCCUUCGGAGUCCACCGCGUUCGCUGGUCACAGGGCGGGGACUGCGGCAGGGCCACCAUGAUCCAUUUCAUAUUGCUCUUCAGUCGACAAGGCAAGCUACGGCUGCAGAAAUGGUACACCACGCUCUCCGACAAGGAACGGAAAAAGAUCACCCGGGAAAUUGUCCAGAUCAUCCUCUCUCGUGGUCACAGGACAAGCAGUUUUGUUGACUGGAAGGAGCUGAAACUUGUGUAUAAAAGGUAUGCUAGUUUAUAUUUUUGCUGUGCAGUAGAAAAUCAGGACAAUGAGCUCUUGACACUAGAGGUUGUACAUCGUUAUGUGGAGUUGCUCGACAAAUAUUUUGGAAAUGUCUGUGAGCUGGAUAUCAUCUUUAAUUUUGAGAAGGCGUAUUUCAUCCUUGAUGAGUUUAUCAUAGGUGGAGAAGUUCAAGAGACAUCCAAGAAAGUUGCUGUCAAAGCCAUUGAAGACUCUGACAUGUUACAGGAGACCAUGGAAGAAUACAUGAACAAGCCAGCAUUUUAACUGCAUGGUUACUGGAAGGUUUGGAGUGGUAGAUCGUGUGGACUUCAUGAAGAAACACCUUGUAUCCAGUCUUUUCACAGAGCCCAUGGCAGCAUGCCAAAUGCAUAACUUGAAGGGAUUCUUAUUAACCCGCAAAACCUUGAAGUUGUCAUUCAUAAUAUACUCAUAAUACUAUAAGUCUGUAUU